GCCAGCCUCACCACUGGCCCUACCUCUGGGGAGCCAGCCAGCCCCACCCCUGGCCCUACCUCUGGGGAGCCAGCCAGCCCCACCCCUGGCCCUACCCUCUGGGGAGCCAGCCAGCCCCACCCCUGGCCCUACCUCUGGGGAGCCAGCCAGCCCCACCCCUGACCCUACCUCUGGGGAGCCAGCCAAAACCAAGGCCCUAGCAGGGCUGAAACAUAGUCUGUCUCAAGAUGUCCUCCACCGUGUUAUAAAUCAUUAUCCAAACACCCGGCCCUACCUCUGGGGAGCCAGCCAGCCCCACCCCUGGCCCUACCUCUGGGGAGCCAGCCAGCCCCACCCCUGGCCCUACCUCUGGGGAGCCAGCUAUCACCAACUCUGGCCCUACCUUUGGGGAGCCAGCCAUCACCACCCUUGGCUCUACCUCUGGAGAGCCAACCAUCACCACCCCUGACCCUAACUCUGGAGAGCUAGCCAGCACCAAGGCCCUAGCAGGGCUGAAACAGAGUCUGUCUCAAGAUGUCCUCCACCGUGUUAUAAAAUCAUUAUCCAAACAACCCUCAGCAGUGACCUCUUUCUCUACUGAAUCAUCAUCAUCAGAUGGGACAAACCCUCCUCUGCCCUCUGCCCCAGUAUCCCUGGAGAGGAAGAGGCCAAGGAAGCCAUCUCACAAGGUCCUGGAAUGCACCAUAGAAGAAGUGUCACUCAGUCCUCCAAAGAAGAAGGAGUUGAAGAAGCAGAGUGGACAGACAGAGGAGAAGACAGAAGUCAGGGACACUCAGGUUAAGUCUGUGACGAAAGAAGUGCCUGUAUCCAGCGUGACAACUCCAGAGAGCAUGGUUUCUCUGCAGGCAUCCUCCCCUGCCCGGCCCUCUAGCCCUACGGUGCUCCUCACCCCCAAGGAAGAGACCGAGAAGAUCAGUCCUGGGGUGGGAGGAGAGAGCCACACCAACGGAGAGAGAUCACCCAAACCUGAGGUGUUCUCUCCUGGUCUGAAUGACAGUUUCUCCCUACCUGGCGAAGGGUCCCUGGUCUCCAGCACUAAGAGGAACACAGGAGAGAAAGGAGGAGCUGCGUCCAUGAAGGAGAAUGUCUGUCAGGUGUGUGAGAGGACAGGUGAGCUGCUGCUGUGUGAGGGCCAGUGCUGUGGGGCGUUCCACCUGCAGUGUAUCGGCCUAUCAGAAGCCCCCAGAGGGAAGUUUAUCUGUAGUGAAUGCACUAUAGGGAUCCACACAUGCUUUGUGUGUAAGAAGUCUGGCGACGGUGUGAAGAGGUGCAUGGUGCCUGUAUGUGGGAAGUUCUACCACAACGAGUGUAUCCUGAAACACACUCCCACCCAGCCCCAGAAUAAAGGGGUUCGCUGCUCCCUCCACGUCUGUCUGUCCUGCCACAUCACCAACCCCCUCAACCCCUGCAGUUCCAAAAGUCGUCUGACCCGCUGCGUGCGUUGCCCUGUGGCAUACCACGCUAAUGACUACUGUAUGGCGGCGGGCAGCGUAGUCCUGGCCAACAACAGCUUCCUGUGUCCCAACCACUUCAUCCCCCGCAAGAACUACAAGAACCAUGAACACAUCAACGUCAGCUGGUGCUUUGUCUGCUCAGAAGGGGGCAGUCUGUUGUGCUGCGAGUCUUGUCCCGCUGCCUUCCACCAAGAGUGUCUGAACAUCGAGAUGCCCGAGGGUAGCUGGUUCUGCAACGACUGCAAGGCCGGGAAGAAACCACACUUCAAGGACAUCCUCUGGGUUAAAGUGGGAAGAUACAAGUGGUGGCCUGCGGAGGUGUGUCUUCCUAAGAACGUCCCAGAGAACAUCCUCCGUAUGAAACACGAGGUGGGGGAGUUCCCCGUUCAGUUCUUUGGUUCUAAGGACUACGCCUGGACCUAUCAGGCCAGAGUCUUCCCUUACAUGGAGGGAGAUGCCAACAACAAGGACAAGAUGGGGAAGGGUUGUGACGCCAUCUACAAGAAAGCUCUGAAUGAAGCUGCUGAUCGGUUCAAAGCUCUUCAGGAUGAGAAGGAGAUGAGACAGCUUCAGGAGGACAGGAGGAACGACAAGAAACCUCCUCCCUAUAGACACAUCAAGGUGAACCGACCAAGCAAGGUCCAGAUCAUCACGGCGGACCUAUCGGAGGUGCCGCGCUGUAACUGCAAGGCGUCUGAUGAGAACCCGUGUGGCAUUGACUCAGAGUGUAUCAACCGCAUGUUGAUGUAUGAGUGCCACCCRCAGGUGUGUUUGGCAGGGGAGAGGUGUCUGAACCAGAGUUACACCAAGAGACAGUACACCCAGGUGGAGAUCUUCAGGACCUUGUCACGAGGCUGGGGGCUACGGGGCGUCUCCGACAUCAAGAAGGGUGCAUUUGUGAAUGAGUACGUGGGGGAGGUGAUAGACGAGGAGGAGUGCAGAGCCAGGAUCAAACAUGCUCAAGAGAAUGACAUKUGUAACUUCUACAUGCUCACUCUGGACAAGGACCGGAUCAUAGACGCUGGACCCAAYGGGAACCAGGCGAGGUUCAUGAAUCACUGCUGCCAGCCCAACUGUGAGACCCAGAAGUGGACGGUAAACGGAGACACCAGGGUGGGGCUCUUUGCCCUGGAGGACAUCCCCAAAGAACCAGCUGUCUAAAGCACGGGAAGGAAAGGAACUAAAGGAGGGCAAGAAGAAGGUUCUGGUGAAGAGGAAGCCGCAGCUGGAGGUGACGAAGGAGAGGGAGGACGAGUGUUUCAGCUGUGGGGACGGAGGACAGAUCGUGUCCUGUAAGAAGCCAGGAUGUCCCAAGGUCUACCACGCAGACUGUCUCAACCUGGCCAAGAGACCUGCAGGCCGUUGGGAGUGCCCCUGGCACCAGUGUGACAUCUGCGGUCAUGAGGCAGCCUCCUUCUGUGAGAUGUGUCCCAGCUCCUUCUGCACGCAGCACCGUGAGGGCUUGCUCUUCAUCUCUAAGAUAGACGGGCGGCUCGCCUGCAACGAUCACGACCCSUGUGGACCCGAGCCCCUGGAACCAGGGGAGAUCAGGGAGUAUGUACCUCCUGGAGGCAUGCCUCUCCCUCACCUUCUCACCCACCCCCAGGGUCUGGUCCCACCCAGGCCUGGUUCCACCACUGCUGGUUCUAUCUCCGCCACAGUUGCCCCAGGCCUGGCCCAGGACUCGCUACUGCCCCCUACKGGGAGCCUGUUCCUCAACACCUCCCAGACCUCCAACACUUUCUCAUACGGAUCACCUAGCAGUCCCUACAUGUCUGAUAGUCAAAUACUGCACUUCUCCCCUCCUUCUCCCCCCUCCUCCUACAAGGAUGAGAAAGAGGAGGAGGAUGGAGAGCUGGAAGACGGACAGGUGGAUGGGAUAGAAGAGGACGCGGAGGAGGACGAAGGAGAGGAAGAAGAGGAGGAGGAGGAUGGAGAGGACGAGGAGGAAGAAGAGGCGAUGGAGGUAUUUGAGGAUGAGGAGGAAGAAGAUGAGCAGUAUGAGGGCGGACUAGGAGAAGAGGAGGAAGGGGGAGAUGUGUAUGAUACCUGGGGGGACUACAUGGAGGAGGAGCCAGAUGAUGAGGGGGAGGUAGAGGGAGAGGAGGAGGAGGAGUGGGGGAGGGUGGAGGARGAAGAGAAAUGA